UUUCUAACCUUCUCUCUCUCUCUCUCUCGCUCGCUCGCCGGAAUUAUGGUCUCCGAUCGUUCAUUCUGUAACUUCUCAAUGCUUCUUCUCUUCUUCCUCUCACUGCUUUUCAGUACUUCUUCAUCCACUUCCAUUUCAGGUGAUGUCUUUGAAUCGAAGGUUUUAAUCGGUCGGAGCCUCCUCCAGGCUAGAAAAGCUUGUCCAGUGAACUUUGAAUUCUUGAACUACACCAUCAUCACAAGCAAAUGCAAGGGGCCUCGAUACCCUCCCGAACAAUGUUGUCCCGCUUUGACAGAAUUUGCUUGCCCUUAUGCCAAGGAUCUCAACGAUUUAACAAAUGAUUGCGCUUCAACCAUGUUCAGCUACAUCAACCUGUAUGGGAAAUACCCUCCUGGCCUCUUCUCUAGCGAGUGCAAGGGUGGGAAGCAAGGUCUGGAAUGCCCUGCACUCCCGCCCUCCACUUCAGCUGAUCUUAACUGGGGUUCGAUAGCACGUUUGCCAUCUCGUUCGCUGAUCCUCUCGACUGGAUUCCUACUGCUGUUAUGGCUAUUAUGAUAAGGUCCAAGUGCCUACCAUUUUUCAUUUUUUGAUUCCAAUUUGUUAUAUUACCUUAAACAUACUGAAAAAACUGCAAUUAUGUGUACUACAAGUUAUUUAUUGUCAUUGUUUCAUAACAUAAAUUUGUGUAUCUAUCUAUCCAUCACUCUUAUAGCUGUGGAAAAUGAGUUCUUGUUCAUGAGAUUGAAUUGCAGAAGUUCUUAUUUGUUCUUAA